AUGGUGGAUCCACUGAAAAUAUUCUGGGUACUGACAAACAGCACUUAUUUAGUUACUAAAUUCAUCAAAACAGGUAUUGCCGACAAGAACGAGUACCCGCUCUACUUUGAGAAGGUCAUCUAUGAGGCGGACAUCGACGAAAAUGUGGAAAUCAAUCACAACUUUCUUAACGUCACGGCAAAGACGCACGGUGAGGCGACCGGUAUACGAUACAAGAUCUCGAGCGGUAACAUAGGCAAUGUGUUCGCCAUACGCAACACGACCGGCGCCCUGUACGUAGCCAAGGCGUUGGAUUAUGAGAAGAUCAAAAAGUAUGAGCUACGGUUGACGGCAUCGGAUAAUUUUAAGGAGAACUACACCACCGUUCUGAUCAACGUUCGAGAUGUAAACGACAAUCCGCCGGUGUUUGAGAAAUCGUCAUAUCGCACACAAAUCACCGAAGAGGACGACCGAGGCCUACCGAAGCGCGUGCUGCGGGUCACCGCAUCCGACGCGGACGUUGAGCGGCCGAACAACAUCAUCUACUUCCUGACCGGGCCCGGAAUCGACAUCGAAAAUCCCUCCGACAGCAACUUCGACAUCAACAAGGCCACGGGGGAAAUAUUUGUCCUAAAGCCCUUAAACCGUGAUCCACCGCAUGGUCGAGCCUCGUGGAAGUUCACCGUAUUCGCCCAGGAUGAAGGCGGUGAAGGUUUGGUUGGAUUCACGGAAGUGCAGAUCAACCUGAAAGAUGUCAACGACAACGCACCACAAUUCCCCAAUGGCAUCGCGUACGGAAACGUUACCGAGAACGGCACGAUUGGGAUGCACGUGAUGACAAUAAAGGCCGAGGACUAUGACGAUGUGAACGAGGGCACCAACGCAAAGGUGAUCUACUCCAUCGAGAAAAACGCCAUCGAGGAAGAUACCGGACUGCCGAUCUUCGAUAUCAACCCUGACACGGGCCUCAUUACGACGGCCGUGUGUUGCCUGGAUCGAGAAAAGACACCCGAUUACUCACUGCAGAUUGUGGCAACCGAUGGUGGUGGUCUCAAGGGCACAGGCACAGCUUCCAUUAAGGUGAAGGACCUGAACGAUAUGCCACCACGCUUUACCAAGGAUGAGUGGUUCGUUGAGGUGGAAGAAACAGACGGCAGCGUUCUUCCUGAGGCACCUAUUCUGACCGUUACGGUGAACGACGAUGACGAGAUCAACAACUUUCAAUAUAAGAUCAUCGAGAGCAGUGGUUAUGGGGCGGAUAAGUUCGCCAUGGUGAAGAACCCCGAUGGUACGGGCAGUCUGAAGGUGGUUCAACCCCUCGACUACGAGGAUCCGAUGCAAAUCAACGGCUUCCGCUUCCGAAUACAGGUCAUCGACAACGAUGGAAUCGACGAGAGUGACAAGUACCACGUCGACCAUUCGUGGGUGAUCGUGAAGCUGAAGGACAUUAACGAUAAUACACCGCGUUUCAAGAAGCCCCACAUUGAGACUGCCGUGUACGAAAAUGCGGACAUUGGCAAGAACCUGGGCACGUUCAAGGCGGUUGACAUAGAUAAGGGCGGCAAGAGCAAGAUCAUCUACAGCAUCAAUCGGGCGACGGAUCGCAAGCGUCAGUUUGCUAUCGACCAGGAGGGAUCAGUCACGAUCCAACGCGAGCUGGAUCGCGAGACUACAGCAAAACACUCCCUGGAAAUCCUAGCCACCGAUGAUGGAGUCCCACCACGAACAGCUUCCGCUCUGCUGACUGUGUUGGUGAAGGACAUCAACGAUAAUGCACCGGUGUUUGCCGAGGAUUACCGGCCGAUCCUGCUGGAAAACUCGCCACCUUCUAAAAUCAUCGAGUUGUCUGCCAUCGACAAGGACGACCGACUGAAGGGCAAUGGUGCACCGUUCCAAUUCCGUAUGGAUCCGGACGCGGACGAUGUCAUCCGAACGUCCUUCAAGGUCGAACAGAGUACCAAAGGGGAUGGAAUGGCGAUCAUCUCAUCACUGGGAUCGUUUGAUCGCGAGUACCGCAAGCAGUACACUAUCCCAAUCGUGAUCAAGGACUCGGGAACGCCACCUCAAACCGGCACUAGCACUCUCACGAUCAUAAUUGGUGAUCUGAACGACAACAUCAUGCAGCCCGGCUCGAAGGAAGUCAUCGUGUACAACUACCAGGGCCAGGCACCAGAUACCCCCAUCGGUCGCGUGUUCGUGAACGAUCUGGACGAUUGGGACACCUCGGACAAGCUGUUCUACUGGGAUGAGGCUGAAAACCCACGCUUCAAGCUAGACGACACGUCCGGCAUGGUUACGAUGAGGCGUGGUGCUCGCGAAGGCCGCUACAAACUGCGGUUUAAGAUCUACGAUCGCAAGCACGCGCAGGAGUCGUACGCUAACAUGUCAGUGCUGGUGAAACACAUCUCCUACGAGGCAAUUGUCAACUCUGGCUCGAUCCGUAUGACGGGCAUCACCGAUGAGGACUUCAUCCGCAUCUGGAACUAUCGCACGCAGAACAUUUUCCGCAGUAAGUUGGAGCGGUUCCGCGAUAAGCUCGCUGAGCUGCUGAACGUUGACGCAAAGAAUGUGGAUGUGUUCAGCGUGCAGAUGAAGGAUAGAUCCGUACCACUAACGGAUGUUCGCUUCGCUGUCCAUGGGGCGUACUACUACAAAGCGGUUCAGUUGAACGGCGUGAUUCUGCUGCACAAGGACGAAAUCGAGCAGGAGGUGGGCAUCAACAUCACGAUGGUAAACGUGGAUGAGUGUCUGAUCGAGAACGCCGACUGCGCUGGAUCUUGUACCAGCAUCAUCGAGGUACAGACAAACCCAUGUCUGGUGAACGCGAACAAGACUGCUCUGGUGGGCGUGCAGAUCAAUUCCACAGCCGAAUGUGUCUGCAGCUCGCGUGAGUACAAACAGCAGCAGUCCUGCAAGUCACACCCGUGUCUCAAUGGAGGUCGCUGCACGGACUCUAAGUCAGGCAUCAAGUGCUCAUGUCCACCGGGCUACACUGGACCUCGAUGUCAACAGGUCGUCCGUAGUUUCCGUGGAAGUGGUUGGGCUUGGUACCCACCGCUGGAUAUGUGCGAUCGAUCGCAUAUCAGUGUCGAAAUCAUCACAACGAAACCAGAUGGACUGGUGUUCUAUAACGGGCCUAUCACACCUCCCAAGGAGGACGAAACAACGAAACAGCUGUCAGACUUUAUCGCGCUUGAGCUCGAGCAGGGCUACCCGCGUUUCCUGAUCGACUACGGCUCAGGUACUCUCGAGCUGCGCGUAACGACAAAGCAUCCACUAAACGAUGGCGAAUGGCAUCGGCUCGAUCUAUUCUGGGACACUGAGCAGGUUAAGAUGGUGGUGGACUUCUGCAAGACGGCCGAGAUCACCGAGGCUGAUGACGGCAACCUGGUGGAGUUUGUUGACCACACUUGUCAGGCGGUCGGUAAAGUGCCGCAGUUCAACGAAUAUCUCAACCUCAACACGCCACUCCAGAUUGGUGGUGUGUUCCGGGACAAGUUCGAUUACACGUACAACCGCUGGCAACACAUGCCCAUUGGCCUGGGUUUCGAGGGUUGCAUUCGUGAGUUCAAGCACAAUGGCAUCCUGUACGAUCUGUCACACCCAGGACUGUCAAAAGGUAGUGCACCUGGUUGUCUCUACACACAAGAGGUGUGUGAUCUGAACCCGCAGGUCGCUCGGUGUCUCGAGCAUGGCAAGUGUGUCGGCAGCUACGACGAAGCCAAGUGCGAGUGCAACCCGGGCUGGACGGGAACGUACUGCAGUCUUCCGACGACGCCUACCACCUUCAAGUCUCACAGCUACGUCAAGUACGCGCUCAGCUUCGAGCCGGACAAGUUCACAACUCAGAUCCAGCUGCGGUUCCGAACCCGUGAGACCUACGGUGAGUUGUUCCGCAUCAGCGAUCAACACAUGCGCGAGUACGGCAUCAUUGAGUUGCGAGGCGCUAAGGUGUUCUUCAGGUACAGCCUGAACACGGGCCAAGUGGAAGAACAAGAGGUGUCUCUGACAGCAGUAGAGAUAGAUGACGGUCAGUGGCACGUGGUAAAGGUGCAGCGCUACGGUUCAGUGGCCAUUCUAGAGCUAGAUGGCGGUGAAGGAGCCAACUUCAACCAGAGCUUCUCCUUCGACGGUCAUCAGUGGCUGUCAGUGGACAAGCAGGAAGGCGUCUUUGCAGGUGGCAAACCCGAGUUCACCGGCGUCAAGACAUACGAUGUCAAGUCCGACUAUCAGAAGAGUUGCAUCGAUGAUAUCAGGUUGGAUGGUAAAAGCCUACCACUACCACCGGCUACUAAUGGCACACAGUGGGGCCAAGCAACCAUGGCGAAGAACAUCGACCGGUACUGCUCGUCGAACAACCCCUGCCAGAACGCAUACUGCCCAGAUCCGUUCGAGUGCGUCGACUUGUGGAACAAGUACGAGUGCGCAUGUGGCGAUGGUAUGAUCAUCUCACCGGAAGGCAAAACCUGCAUCGACCGCAACGAAUGUCUGGACUACCCGUGUCUGAAUGGUGGCACUUGCAUCAACCAGGAGCCCCGCCUGAAGUACAAGUGCAUCUGCCCGGACUCGUACUGGGGCGAGAGUUGUGAGUUUCUGAAGGAACGACAAGCGCUUAAAUUCAGCACCAGUGCCUUGGCCGCCGUAAUAGCCUGCCUAUUACUGAUCAUUAUUUUGCUGUUUGUAUAUUUCUCCUGCUCGCGGAGACGUUCGGCCAGCUUCAACAAGAAGCCCGCCACCAAAGACGACAUCCGCGAAAACAUCAUCAACUACUGCGACGAAGGUGGUGGCGAGAACGACAUGACGGCGUUCGACAUGAAAACGCUCAAGAUCCCGAUCGGUCCGCUGCCGGAGCUCGUUCAACAUAAGGCACCGCCAGUACGUCCAGAUAUUGCCGUCGUGUCCGACCAGGUCGUCGGCAAGGUGGACGUGUUCCUGGACGACCGGAAGCGACGCGUCGACAUCGACCCAGCCUCCGGGCCAUUCGACGAUCUGCGUAACUACGCCUACGAAGGUUGUGGGAGUACCUCUGGCUCGCUAAGUUCCUUACAGUCAGGUACGGACGAUGAACCCCAUGAGUAUAGCUUUUUAACCACAUGGGGUCCCCGUUUCGAUAAGUUAGUCAAUAUUUACGAACCAAGCCAAGCGCAAAUCGAAGAUGACGAUGUUAGUUAA